AUGUCGUCUGCUGCCUGUAUCUUCUGCAAGAUCAUCAAGGGAGAUAUCCCUUCGUUGAAGCUCUUCGAGAGCGACAAGGUCUUUGCUUUCCUCGAUAUCCAGCCGCUGAGCCGUGGCCAUGCGCUUGUCAUUCCCAAGUUCCACGGCGCAAAGCUGACUGAUAUCCCCGAUGAGGACCUGGUCGAGAUCCUGCCCGUCGCGAAGAAGAUCGCCAAGGCCAGCGGCGCCGAGGAUUUCAAUAUCUUGCAGAACAAUGGACGCAUUGCGCACCAGGUUGUUGACCAUGUCCACUUCCACAUGAUCCCCAAGCCCAACGAGACAGAGGGCUUGGGCAUUGGCUGGCCUACCCAGGCGACCGAUAUGGACAAGCUCAAGGCUCUUCACGAGGAGAUCAAGUCGAAGAUUUAA